AUGAACAAUUCUGAGAAUGAGUCAAUAAAUAUUGAAGUAACUGUCCCCAUGCUGAAGUUGAGAAAAAUUCUGCCAUUCACAGCGAGAGAUAUCGUGAGGAAGCUGAAGAUUGAUUUACUAAAUUGCCAGGAAUUGCAAAGUUUGGAGGAUGGGUGGAAUUUUGGAUUUUUCAUGCCUGGGAACAAAGAAAAAGCCGGAAAAUAUUUGGAUGAAGAAAGAUUCUUGAAUGAAUACUUCUUUAAUGAUAACACUAAGAGAAAGAAGUUUUUAGAAUGCGUGAAGAAGAAUGACAUCAAAAAGACCAACCAGCUGAUUUCAGAUGGGCUGGAUCCAAAUUUUACUGACCCAACAGGAGAAGUUACGCCAUUGAUUGCUGCGGUACUUCAGAAAAAGUCGAAAGAUUUAAUUUACUCGCUAUUGGAAGGUGGUGCUCAUUUGGACUUUCGAAACAAACGAACGCUAACACCACUUCAUGUUGCUGCCAUGAAAGGCAAAGACGAUGCUGUUAAAUCAAUUUUUAAAUACUUCAAGCUUCUAUUGGAAUUAGGAUCGUCGGCAAACUAUAGAGAUGGUCAGAUGUUGACACCUUUGUACGUGGGCGUUAAACAUGAUAUUACAAAAUAUUCGUUGAAGAAACUUUGUUACGAACACGCAGAUACAGAUGUUGUUGACAAUCAUGACAACACCUCAUUGCACCAAGCAUGUAGAUUGGGGAAAUAUGAUCUGCUGGAAGAUUUGAUAGCUUACAGCAGGGAUAUCAACAAGCAAAAUCAUUUGGGUAACACCGCCUUACAUUUGGCAGCAGUGCAGAAACAGGAAGAAUGUACGAAAAUGCUUUUAGAAAGAGGAGCGAACAAAUAUAUAGUCAAUCAUUCAGGUAAAACAGCAGCCGAUUUAUGCACAUCUGAAAGUUUGAAACAGUUUAUUCAAACGUUUGAAGAAAGUCAAAAAAUUCAAAAUGCUGUCCCUCCAAAAUAUAAUUUGAAUAGAAAAGUAUCAUCAUCAUUAUCAAACAACGAUGAAGCUCUUUCAAAUGGUGCUCUCAUAUCUUCAUUUAGCAAAUCGCUAUCAAAUCUGUCAAAAAAGGAGGAAGAAAAUAAUGAGCCGUCCCAUGAAAAAUUAAGUAUUUCACUUACGAACGAAACUGAUAAUAAAUUUUCUAGUCAAAAAUUCAACAACGGAAAGAUACGAAACCACAAACAAUCUCACAUAAUCAAUGGGAACAGUGACGAUGAUGAUUCUGACGACGAUUGUUCUCCACCUUUAAUAAGAAAAAAACUUCAAAAUUACUGCAGAAUUGUAACUAUCAAUCCUGGACAUGAAGGGCUGGGGUUCAUAUUGAGCGGAGCUGCAGGCAUCAUAUGUGAAGACUUUUCAGAUUAUAUGCCGAUUUUUGUUUCACUGAAAUGGGGUGGACAAUCUGUUGUGAGCAUGCGCCAACCAAGAGUUAAAGAAAAAGAAUAUUAUGACAAUAAGUUUAAAAAAUGUAAAACGUCUAAAGAAAAAUAG